UGUAACAUUAUUGCUUGCACAGAAGAACAGGGAAAAUUUAGAAUCGAAAAAAGAGAUACAACAAUGGCAGAGGAGCAAACCCUUCAAGUCCUUACUCCAUACAAAAUGGGCAACUUUCAUCUUUCUCAUAGAGUGGUUUUGGCACCUUUGACAAGACAAAGAUCUUGUGGAAAUGUUCCUCAGCCCCAUGCUAUGUUAUAUUAUUCGCAAAGAACCACAAAAGGGGGUCUUCUGAUAUCUGAAGCCACCGGAGUUUCUGACACUGCCCAAGGGUAUACAGAUACACCAGGUAUAUGGACAAAAGAACAGGUUGAAGCCUGGAAACCCAUUGUUAAUGCUGUUCAUGCUAAAGGCGGUAUAUUCUUCUGUCAGAUUUGGCACGUUGGGAGGGCUUCUAAUACUGGUUUUCAGCCAAAUGGACAAGCUCCGAUCUCCUGUACAGACAAGGGUAUUGAUGAGGCAGAAUUUUCUACUCCUCGACGACUGUACAGAGGAACAGAGGAAAUUCCUCAAAUUGUAAAUGAUUUCCGACUUGCUGCUAGGAAUGCUAUGGAAGCUGGUUUCGAUGGUGUUGAAAUCCAUGGUGCUAACGGGUACCUAAUAGACCAGUUCUUGAAAGAUCAAGUCAAUGACCGAACAGACAAAUAUGGAGGCUCAUUGGAGAACCGCUGCAGAUUUGCUCUGGAAAUUGCUGAAGCCGUGUCAAAAGAGAUAGGAGCAGACAAAGUAGGCAUGAGGCUUUCUAUCUUUGCAAAUUACUUGGGGUCAGGGGAUUCAAAUCCAGAAGCUUUGGGGCUCUAUAUAGUUAAGUCCUUAAAUAAAUACGACAUUCUCUACUCCCACAUGAUUGAGCCAAGGAUGAAAACCCUGGCAGAGAUGGCCGAGUGCCCCCAGAGUCUCGUGUCUAUAAGAAAAUCAUUUAACAAUACUUUCAUUGUGGCCGGGGGAUAUGGCAGGGAAGAUGGUACUAAAGCUGUGGCUGAGAACCGUGCAGACCUUGUUGCUUAUGGCCGACAGUUCCUGGCAAACCCUGAUCUCCCAAAGCGAUUGGAGCUUAACGCUCCUCUCAACAAAUAUAAUAGAAACACAUUUUAUAUUUCUGAUCCAGUUGUUGGCUACACUGAUUAUCCGUUUCUUGAUGAAACAAUUACCGCUUAAUUAAACAACAAGAGAGAAAAGAAGCUUAAUGUGAUUCAACAACUGGUUACCUUGUACUAGUUGUUAUAAUAAAAACAAAAUUUGAAGUUUAUGGCAU